CAAACGUUCAGUACUUAAAAGACCCUCUCUCAUUGUUGUCAUUCAAAUCCAAAGGAAUCCCUUCAAAAAAAAAAAGAAAAAUUCCGAAGGACCAAAACCUUAUAUUAGCAUUUUCCUGCUCGGAUUCUGAGCAUCGUCGUCACCGUCAACCAGAUCCUCCAGAUCAAAAGCUAAGUUCAAAUGCUAUAACCGGGGUGCUUACUUUGAUGCCUUGUUAUAUCUUCGGAGAUCUUGAUCAAAGUGGGAAUGCUAAUCGUUCGAUAUAAUCGCAGUUAAAUCCAUAGCUUUGAAGAAGACCAAGAAUUAGUUUUUAUUUUUUGUAUAGCUGAUAAGUUGUGAGCUGAAGAUGGUGAAGUUGACGAUGAUUGCCCGUGUUACUGAUGGCCUUUUACUAGUAGAGGGACUGGAUGAUGGCCGUGAUUUGAGAGAUGCAGAAUUCUAUAAACAGCAAGUCAAGGCUUUGUUUAAAAACCUCUCGAGAGGCCAGAAUGAGCCUUCCAGGAUGUCAAUUGAAACUGGCCCCUAUAUUUUCCAUUAUAUCAUCGAAGGACGAGUUUGUUACUUGACAAUGUGUGACCGUGCUUAUCCUAAGAAACUUGCCUUUCAAUACCUUGAAGACCUCAAGAACGAAUUUGAGCGUGUUAACGGGGCUCAAAUUGAAACUGCUGCCAGACCGUAUGCCUUCAUCAAAUUUGACACGUUCAUACAGAAAACAAAGAAACUGUAUCAAGACACUCAUACUCAGCGUAAUAUUGCAAAGUUGAACGAUGAACUCUAUGAAGUGCACCAAAUAAUGACUCGCAAUGUUCAGGAAGUUCUUGGUGUUGGUGAAAAGUUGGACCAGGUCAGUGAAAUGUCUAGUCGGUUAACAUCAGAAUCUCGUAUUUAUGCUGAUAAGGCAAGAGACUUAAAUCGACAGGCGUUGAUUCGGAAGUGGGCCCCUGUUGCCAUUGUGUUUGGAGUAGUCUUCCUUCUCUUCUGGGUCAAAACAAAGAUCUGGUGAUCCAACUGACUAUUCUGAAAACUUUGCACAUUUCUCCUGUGCUUCUGGUGGCAUAAUAGUCUAGACUUCAGGUCUGUUGCCCAUCCACAUAUGUACUUGAAUUGUGUUUCAAGAUAAAUUCUAGUCUUCAUGGAUGGAUUCGACUGAGGGAACUAGUCUUUAAGUAACGGUGAUGGAUCUCUGCAUGUGGAGCCUUGAAAGAGAGACCUGUUGCCUUUAAGACCAGAUAAAGAGCCAAAAUAUAUUUGUUCAAAAUUAUGAGAAAUCUUGACAAAAUGUUUGUUAGUUGCUACUUUUAAUAUGCUUCUCUUGACCAUUACAUUGACGUACUUUAAACAUUAUCAUAUCAACCUUUCUAAUUCAUUUGGCUUUUGAUUUU